AUGCCUCCCUCUCCGGCUAGCGGGCCUCUCUCCCUGCAAGAGCUUGUGCAAGCCAUCAAAGAACUAGCCCAGUGCUUGUCGGCAGUAAAGGCUCAGUUCAGUAUCAGCGGUGGUGCUGCAUCAGCGCUUCUCCGACGGGAGCAUGGUCUCCGUCCUAGACUCACUGAGGAUAUUGACUUGGUUGUACAACCCACACCUACCAUCAAUGGCGAAACGAUUUCCUCCUGGCUUCUCCAAAAUUGUCCCGAUUCUUUCGUUGCACAGACAGUCCACGGUGUGCCUGUUCCAGCCCUCGCUUUCAAGCGAUCAGAUGGUUCGAUCAGACACGUCGAUAUCGAGAUAUUCGACAUGAACGCAUGGCCAGACAGACCCCAGUACGAUUUGAGCAACACAGACAACAAAAUCGUCAUGGCCGAUGUCAUUGGAGUGAAAGUCCCGGGAUCGAUCAAGGAACGAACUGACCUUGAUGACGCCUGCACUUUGCUCGAGCUUCUUGACGACAACAGCCUCAGUCUUACAGGCCAUGAAGCAGCGGUUCGACACCUUCUCGAGAAGGAGCCCGAUGUUCGGGAGCUAUUGCAACUCAAGGUUCAUUGUCCAGAAGUCUUGGGUAACCCAUGGGUAUUUGACGAGGCUUCUGGUAUGUACUGGCGCUGGGAGCGCAAAGAACUGUAUUGCCUCGAUGAGGACUGA